AUGAAUAAGCUCGACUACGAUGUAGAUUGCCUAGAAAUAAGUGACGACCUGAUAAGCAUGGCAGAGGACAAUACUCUUGGUGAUUUUUCACAUAUCGACGAUGACCUACAGUUUACAGCUAAGAACGAUGGAUUGCUCGCACUAAGAUUAAUACAAGUGGCAGACAGUUUAGAUUCACCUAAUUUUAUCACAGGAUCUCCAGCUACUAGUCCAUACCCAACGCUAACAAACUCCAGCAACGAUCCAAGUCAAUGCUCCUUUCUAGUGUUUAAGAAAAACAACGACAAUGUGAAGCAGUCCCGAUCCGCCAACAAUGUGCGAGGGUCCCAGCGGACAUCGGAAUGCAACGGAGACACGAACCUAAAUCGAAAGCAGCAACGUGACGACCGACGAAGGGCGAACCACAAUGAAAUCGAAAGACGGCGGAGGGACAAAAUAAACAACUGGAUCCACGAGCUGAACAAGAUCAUCCCCGCCGAGCACAUGAACAGCCCGUCGUCGGAGACGCAGAACAAGCAGAACAACGGCGGCCAGGGCGAGAACCUGUCGAAAGGUGGCAUCCUGGCGAAAGCGUGCGAGUACAUCACGCGGCUGAAAGACACCAGCGACAAGCUGACCGAGUGCCUUGCCGAAAAGGAUCAGAUACUGCUGGAGAACCUGCAGCUGAAGGAGAGCAUCAACCAGCUGCUGGCGGAGAACAAGCGCCUCCAGUCGCAGCUACAGUUUACGCUCGAGACGAACGUGAAGCUGGAGUCGUAGCCAUUAGUAUUGUGCAAUACCAGUAAUCAACCGCUGCAGCAUCAACCGCAACAGCACGAGCCGAUCCCGGAGGAGCUGGAUCUGUUGUAUCAGCCUGACCAUAACCAUCAUCAACAUCCUCAUCGCCAUAGUAACCAGCAGAAACAUCAACAUCAGCAGCAGCAGCAGCAACAGCAACAGCAGCAGCAGCAUUCUGUUACAACAUACUGAGCGUCGUAUCAAAAGCACCGAGAACCGUUGUCAUCCGUACAGAACCGAAGGCCGUCAACCGAAAUCAAUAAGUUGUAAGUAUUCUGAAAGACGAGGGAAAAAACAGACGGCACACAAAAUCAAACGAAACGUGCAAUGAAUCAGUCUUCUGUGUGAUGGUGAUGAUGAUGAGAGCACGAUUGUUGUUACAAUAUUAACGUAUGUUUAAUGGAAGUCGGGGAAGAGGCAUGGGUUGGGAAGGUGCUAGGGCUGCGAUAUGGUAGGAAUUUGAUUAUGGGAGGCCCGUAUAACUUAGAUCCUAUGCGUCCCUAUACGCCACUCCGGCGACAGUUGACCGGGUUCCGGGUAUGAUCAACAUCUUCAUCAUCGUGACAUCGAGUGAUAGGGAAAAAGCAGCGGAGAGACCGGGAGUGAGAGUGAGGCUGUCCUCUGUGAGGCUGUGGAAACGCUAGAGAUAUCGAUAGCUAGAAUCCAGGACAACCGCCCGUAUCAUGCCACAUUCAGUUCGGUUGAAUGUCGCCUGUAGUUUCGUUUGACGCUUGUUAUACACAUAUAUAAAUAUCGCACAGGAAACGCAACCAUAUCUAAGUCAAACUAGUAGACAUCAUGCAGAUGAGUGUGUGGCGGGGUAGUGCAAACUGUCGUUGAGACGCGUGUAGUGUGUAGCGAGCAAACCCGCCGAAGACUCCGCCGGGGUUGACCUCUCGGUGGAGGCAGAGUGUAACCAACGAAGAAUCACAUUAUGUUGAAACAAUUAGUUCCAGUCACUGUGCCGGUAGGAAAAGGGGGAAGGACUUUGCGGAGCGGAGAUCGGCCACUAACAAAUUUGUGUGUGUUCUCGGUGAUGUUCAAAUGGUUCAAUCAAGAAACAUUCGUGGAAAAAAGAGA